AUGUCCGUUACGAAUAAACCGGUACAACCUUGGGGGCCUGACAGUCAGGGAGCUGGGCAGACGGAUAAGCGAACCGUCACUGAAGCAUGGCCGGAUGAAUGCGAUGCUAGCAGUGGGCAUAGCCAAGUGGGUGAAUGUAACCAGACUGGAUUAGGCCACUUUUUAGGUUCCUGUCCAGGAACGCCCAAUGUCAGUGUCGGCCUUGGUGAUGUCCAGCAAUCCCAACAACCACAUCUGCACAUGUCACAUCCACAUCAAUUUCCGCCUCAUCAUACACCUGGCUCUGUUGGGGGUCCUCUCUGGAGCGGCUACGCUCAG